AAUGUCCCCCGAAAAUAUGUAAUAAAAUCUCUUUCGUCUUUGUCUCCACCACUUUGACAUCAAAACUAAACCCUUCUGUUUCACUUGUUGUGUCUCUACCGAUUCCGCAAUGCUAAUCUCCGGCGAAUCUCCGAAGCGGACUCUUUGAUUUCCCGGCGUCUCUCUCGAUUUUCCCGUUCUAUUCAUUCGUUUCUCCGUCCGAUCCAGCCAGGCUUUUCCUUUUGUAACAUCAAUUCUUUUUUUUUUCCAGGCAUUAAGGUCUCUGUUAAUAUCUGGGAACAUUAUGUCGGAGCGUAACGGAUCCAAAGAAGAGGGCUUUCAGCUAAACGGGUGUUGUACAACUCUAAACGGAAGUUCCAGCGAGCCUGGUCUAGAGGCUGAGCGCGAAACCGAGAUGAAGAACAAUAAAACGUUAAAGGCCGAGGUCAACAUUACCCGGAAGGUUCUCCGCUCAGGGUCAGUGUCAACUGAUAGUGACAAGCAUGAUGUGGCUGUGGAAGAGAAAGAAGAUCUAAGUGAGGUUGUCAACAUUGAUGAGGUGAAAGAAGGGAAGGCUGCUGAGUCUGGUUCUGUGGCUGUGGAAGAGGAAAUAAAGGGAGAUUUAAGUGAGGUUGACAAAACUAGUGAUGGAUUUUCUGUGAAAGAAGAAGCGAAACAACGUGAGCUUGUUGAAUCUCCUGUGCCUAAGGAGCCACAUGGAAAAGAAGCUCAAGUUAAACGCAAAAGAGGACGGCCUCGGAAACUGCAGAUCAGCAGCAGCCAAUCUGUUGGUAUUGAGGAGAAAAAAGAAGCAAGUCCUGGAGCUGAUUCCACGAGUCAGGUUGAAGUUGAAACAAAGAAGGAUAGAUCAAACGAUGAAAAUGGUCAUGCUGAUGCUGAGGAGCUUAAAGUCAAACGUAAGCGGGGAAGGCCUAGAAAGUUUCCCAUCACAGGUCAAUCUGACACAAACUGUGAAAUUGCAACAACAACAACAACUCCAGAUAUGGGUGAUGAAUCCAAGAGACCAAAGCGUAACUGUGGAGGCAGGGCUAAGGGACCUGAGUCUGGAGGAGGCAAAUGCAAGCGUGGAAGACCAAAGACGAAGAAGAAACCUCGGGAGAGAGAUGAUGAAUCAGAUUGUAAAGCAACAAAAAGACUGAAGCCUUGUUGUGAGAACAGACCUUUAAGUGAUGAUGGGAGACGAUCUAAAUUAGAAUCUAAGAAAAAGCUGAGUGACCGCAUACUUGAGUUACUUGUAGCUGCUGGUUGGAGAGUUGAAUACAGGCCCCGGAACGGGAAAACAUACAACGCUGCAGUUUAUGUGAAUCCCGAGGGAAAGACUCACUGGUCAGUGACCAAAGCUUAUGAAGUCUACAAAAUGAAUCUGGACCAAGUAGACUCUGCUCUUGGCUUGCUUCCAGAAGAGGACCUUGACCUUUUAAGGAGAAAAGCUCAGAAGAAACGGAGCGAUACAGGUAAGCCGAGGUCAAAAAACUGGAAGGACACAGAUACUAAUGAAGAUAUGGUCUCCAGAAAGGGAAAAGCGCAGAAGAAACGAAAAGGUUCACACAACUCUGAAAGAAGUUUGGUUUCUGUCAGAAAAAUAAAGAGGGAAGAAAAACAUAAAAGAAAGCGCUGUGCUUUGUCGGCUCGCAGUUCUUUGUCGGAUGCAGAUUCCAACGAGAAUGGGUACAUUUUAUUUGAAGGAAAACGCACCAUACUGGGAUGGAUGAUUGAUUCAGCCAUUGUGCCACUUAACGGGAGAGUUCAGUGCAUGAACUGCGAAAACACAGAAGUUCUUUCAGAAGGAAUGAUCACAAAAGAAGGUAUUCGAUGCAACUGCUGUGAUGAAGUAUUCUCUGUUCUUGAUUUCGAGGUUCAUUCUGGAGGGAAGCACAACCAGCCGUUCAAAAGUCUGUAUUUAGAGGGUGGGAACUCUCUCUUGCAGUGCUUUCUUGAGUCUUGGAACAAACAAAGCGAAGCAGUGCUUAAAGGGUUCCAUACAGUGGAUUUUGGUAGUGGAGAUCAGAAUGAUGAUACAUGUGCUAUAUGCGGGGAUGGGGGAGAUCUUACCUGCUGUGAUGGUUGCCCAUCAACUUUCCAUCAGAGCUGCUUGGGCAUUAAAAAAUUCCCAUCUGGUUCCUGGUUUUGUUGCUACUGCUCAUGCAAAUUUUGCGAGAAAGUUGAGGCAGGCAUUACAACUCUUUCCCCCUUGUUGAGGUGCCAACUAUGUGAAGAAAAAUAUCACCAAGCAUGCAUCAAGCAAGAUGGCACGGUACCUGUUGAAACUAGUAGUACUCAUCCAUUUUGUGGAAAGUAUUGUCAAGAGUUAUUCGAGGGACUUGAGUUACUAAUUGGAGUAAAACAAUCAUUACCUGAGGGCUUCUCCUGGACAUUGCUUCGCCGCUUUGAGAUCCCUCGUGAGUUUGUUUCCGAUAGUGAGAAGAUUGCAUAUAAUGCCAAACUGGCUGUUGCAUUUUCUGUUAUGGAUGAGUGCUUUUCACCUUUAGUUGAUCACAGGAGUGGUGUCAACCUGCUUGAAAACAUCGUCUACAAUUUUGGGUCGAACUUCCAUCGACUAAACUACAGCAAUUUUCUCACGGCUGUUUUGGAGAGGGGUGAUGAAAUCAUUGCCGUGGCAUCUAUCAGGAUCCACGGCAAUCAACUGGCAGAAAUGCCGUUUAUAGGAACACGCUACAUGUACAGGCGUCAAGGGAUGUGUCGUCGGCUAAUGAACGGCAUUGAAUCUGCGCUUGGCUCUCUCAAAGUAGACAAAUUAGUCAUACCAGCAGUGCCAGAACUCAUGGAUACAUGGACUAAAGGCUUUGGCUUCACCCCUGUUGGUGAAUCAGCCAGAAAAAAUAUUAAGAAUCUGAACUUGGUGGUGUUCCCUGGUGUUGACAUGCUGGAGAAAUCAUUGGCCAAGGACAACGGUGAACUGCUGCUGGCAGCUGAGAUGAGUCUGCCUGUACAUACUGAGGAAAGUAAACCUGAGGAUUGUGCAUCUGCUGAUGUUGAAUCCCAUUGUUACCAAGUUGAUAGCGGCUUGAAAUCGAUGGAUAAUGAUACAGAAUCGAAUCUGAAGUUGCUUAGCGGGUCCUUGGAGGAGAAAGAAGAGAUUGGGAUUGGGAAAAUAGCAGCAGAUAAAGAGGUCGAUUUUCUUCCUGUUGUUGUAGUUGAUAACCAAAGAGAAUCUAACUCGGGAGUUAAUGAUGAUUCUCAUGAGGACCAAACUGAUACAAAAAGACAGCAAAAUGGUGAUUUAAAAAGCUCUGGAGUUGAAGCUAAGGGUACAGAGGAGCCAGAUGAAGAUUCUGAUUGUUACAUACUAGAAAAUUCUCAGCCACUUGGUAAUGGUGGUACAGAGAAAAAGAUUGGUAACAAAGUGGCUUCCAGAUUGAGAGUAUCACCUCGACUGAUUCAAGGAUCAUGGGGAACGUCGAGGGUGAACAAAAGGUACACAGGUACCAGUGCCCUGUUGAUCGGCUCUUCACAUGGCAGACAAACGGUGAGGCGCAGAUGAAAGAAAAGUAGUUAGACUAUUAUGCUAAUUGCAGUGCUUUAGUAGUUUUAUUUAUGACUCAGAGCCAGAGGUCAAGUAAAACCUUGCACUUCUCAGUGCUUAUUAGAUUUUAUUUUUAUUUUUUGGGUAGCAGACCAAUUAAUUUAUUUCAUGGGUAUUUUGUAAUAUCAAACAUUGAGCUGCUUCAUCAUCUUAUUUAUCAAAUGUGGAAACAUCUUCUGGCU